UCACAUCAGUCACCGAACCGAAACUGUCGCGACCUCGGGAGUAUUUGUGAACACUAUCAGAAGCGCACCCUCGUAUUCAUCAUGAAUUCUAAGCAAAUUAUUUUGGUGUUGUGCGCUGCCAUUGCACUCGCCACUGGACAACCAGCAAAGAAUGAAUUCUGGAAAGGCACAAGUAUGGAUGCGAUGGUUGAGCAAACGAAAACUGAGUGUGCUCAAAAGAACGAUGAAAUUUCCUGCAUGAAAUUCAAGGUUCUAAAUCUCCUCGACCAGCUUUUCCGUAAGGAUAAUUUCAAGGUUUCCGAGACCGUCGAAGUCACUCGCAACUCGCACCCCGCUGACGAAUUGUCCGGACGUAGUCUUUUGAACGAUGGCUCAUUCCUUGAGACGCUUCGCACCUAUCUUACUUCUCAUGACGUAACCUUCAAGUUGCCCUUCGAAUCAUCCGUUAAGGUGUCCUCUCGCAAUAUUGACGAUGACGAACUGAACUUCGAUGUUAAAUUCGGGCAAGGUCGUGCCGUCGAAGCCCGCAAAUCCAAACUGAAGAAGGUCAUCAUCCCCAUUCUUGUAUUUGUUCUGCUCAAGGCCAUGACGCUCAUCCCCCUCGCCAUUGGUGUACUCGGACUGAAGGCCUGGAAUGCCCUGCAGCUCUCUUUCUUCAGCUUUGUUGUUUCCGUUGGUUUGGCUAUAUUUCAACUUUGCAAGAAAAUCGCCGCGGACGGACAUGCCGCGCCGAUUGCUGCCCAUGGCCCUUGGGAAUAUCAAGCAGCUCAGUACAGAUCGUUCGAUAAUACACCAGAACUGGAAUCUGCUACUGCCCAAGAUCUUGCCUACUCCGCUUAUACUCAGGCUUAAUUGGAUUUAAUAUCUCGAGAUCUUUAUUAACUUUUAAGGGCUACGCUGAGUCGGAGACCACGAACUUUUGUAAAAUAUUCUCUUCCUAUUUUUAUCCGUUGUCUACUCUUGCACUUUAUUUAAUAAAUUAUUUUAUGCAAUGUUA